AGCAUAACAAUAAUUUCAGUCGCGUUUUUCACGACCUGCCCGCGGUUGUUCCACCAAAGUUUUCCACAUUAUUGCCCGAAAAAACACACAAGAGCAGGCCCAGAAGCGGAUUUGUUUAAACAAUCCUUUUGUUUAUCCAUAAACACAUAGCAGCCGGGCGGGGAGAGUGCUAUGUGUGUUCGCGUCGAGUGAACUUAAAACGUGAUGAGGAGCAAGGUCGGUCAGUAGAAAAGAAAUAGGACGCACCAGCUGAGAGACCAAAGCAAUCAAAGGACAUAUCACUUACCAGGACUAACUAGCUUCCUCCAGAAACUCCAGCAUGUUCGACAUCACCUGGCUGCCCACCGCCUGCGGGUCCCUGGCCCCGGCUCUCAUCCCGCCGGCCCACAUCGUCAUCCUGUGGUACUUCUGGGAGAACUAUGCCCGCUACGUGGACCGCCACUUCUGCACCUGCUCCUGCUGGGACACCGUCUUCAAGGGCCCCUACGAGUCGGGGGUGGCCGCCUACAAGCACAUGUACUUCAACGCCACGCCCAACACUUUUAAGAUGUGGAUUCUGACCGUCUUUGCGGUGAUUGCCCUGUACGAGUGCAUCAAGCGGCUAAUCGCCCUGAUCCUCCAGCAGCGCGUGCGGUACUCGAUGCUGCUCCUCUUCCUGCUCUCCAUCUUCUCCCACUACUAUGCCUGGUGGGCGUACAUCAACUACUACAACGACGACUACUACAAUCAGUGGAACCAUCAGCUCUUCUUUACGAUAACGGAGCUCAUCUCGACAGUUUUGGUGAUGCACUUGGCCAACGCAACGAACGUAGUUACCCCCAAGAAGGUCUUCUGCAUCGUAGGUAUCGCCCUGCUGCACAUCCUGGCCAGCAGCUUCGACCAGUUCUUUCUCAAUGUGGUGCGUGGAGAAGGGUAUGCCCACCAAAUAGUGCGAGAUAUUGGAUUCAUGGUGCCGGAUCUGCUCCAGCUCUUCGUUCCGGUUUGGCUGCUCCGUCAGACUCGCAGGGAGAGCUACUCGACGCGGCCGUUCUACCGGGAUCGGAAGCUGCACCGGGACAUUGUGGCCAUGUUGUGCCUGGUGUCGCUGCUAUUUGUGAUCUGCACGGUUUUGUGAGAAAGGAUCAUGCUGGACAUGUACGAGGAGACGCACGGGAAGCUGGAGCCCGUGCAGGACGCGGCGGUGCAGCUGCUGAAUCGCUACCGGAUGCUGGCAAACGGGAACGUGCACAAUUAGGUUGGUAGCCGAAAGUCCGGGAGCCCGCCGUCCGUCGGGUAGCAUGUGGGUGGACAAUAGCGGCACUUGUGUAAGUGCGGAAUAUCCUUGAAUUCCUGUAGAAUUUCGUAAUUUCAUUUGACGUUUGUGAUAGUGCGUUCAUUGUUUUGAUUUCCGUGGAAGUGAGCAUAUCAAUAAGCAUUAAUAUCAACUAACCGAAGUACAUAAUCAAUACAACAAAUUGUAAUCUUCCAUUUAGAACCGAUUUUGACGGUGCUGAGGCAUUAACCCAUAGUUGAACUUAGGUACAAUGUAGAGAAAUGCUGUCCCGGGAGUAGCGCGGGGUCUAGCCAGGACGAACACCCGAAUCUAGAACUUAGUUAUGGAACAACGACGCGAAUACUUAAUAUUGAAUAUGGAUUGUGGAUACCCACCCAGUGUUAUACUACCUUAACGAGUUACAUGUGACUUAGACUGUUGUUAGAUAAUAACAAUAUUAUACUCAUGAAUACCAUGAAAAACCAAAAUAUUCCAAUACAUCUAGUAGAGAAAAUUAACAAGCAGAAAACCAAGAACCGUAGUAAUCAAAAUUAGCGUUAUACUAUAUUGUUACGAUUAACUUUACACGAAGGAAAUCAAAAACAUACAGAUAUUAAUAUUUGGAAUAGCCUAUAUACUUAUACACAUAUAUAUAUUUUAGUAUACAAGAUUAUAUAUAUAUUGAAUAAACUUUAAG